GUCAGUGUGUCCAAGAUAUAGCCAACACAAACAAUAAGCAGCAGCAGCUUCUCUCCUCUCCCAAUUGUCUCCUCCCUUCCACUCUUUAUUCUUCUUCUCUUGUUUCUCCUUUGUUCUUCCUCCUCCCAUUAAACAAGAGAAGAGAAGAGUUUUUUUUCUUUUUUCUAUCUGGGAAAUGAAGGGAACAGUGAGGUACUUGGCAGGGAUUGCAGGCCCAAGUGGGUUUGGCUCCAAAUCCACAGCCCAACAAGUCACUCAACAUUGUCUUCCUCCUCCUCCUCCUUCUUCUUCUUCACCAACCCCUUUAACUGCCAUCAUCACCGGGGCGACAUCAGGGAUAGGAGAGGAGACAGCAACGGUGCUGGCGAAGAGAGGGGUGAGAGUUGUGAUUGCAGCCAGAGACGUGAACAAAGCUUCCCGCCUGAAACAGAGCAUCCUCCACCAGUCUCCUGAUGCACAGAUCGUGGUUCUGGAGCUUGACUUGAGCUCUUUCGCCUCCAUCGCCUCUUUCUCCCGCCAAUUCCUCUCCCUUGGCCUCCCACUCCACAUCCUCAUAAACAAUGCUGGGAUUUACUCCCGGGGCUUGGAGUUCUCCGAGGACAAGAUCGAGAUGACAUUCGCUACCAAUUACUUGGGGCAUUUUUUGCUGACAGAGUUGCUGGUGGAGAAGAUGGAGGAAACCGCACGAGAGAGUGGGACGCACGGCAGAAUCGUCAAUCUUUCCUCUGCGAUUCACAGCUGGGUGAAAACAGACUCCUCCUUCUCCUUCCAAAACAUGCUCAACCCAACCCACAGCAGCAGCUAUAAUGGGACACGUGCGUAUGCUAAGACCAAGCUGGCCGCCAUUUUGCAUGCCAAGGAGCUCUCCAGACAGCUCAAGGCAAGGAAUGCAAAAGUGACGGUUAAUGCAGUACAUCCAGGCAUUAUCAAGACGGGCAUCAUUAGAGCCCACAAGGGUCUCAUCACAGGUCCCCUCUCCUCCCUUCCUCGCUAUACACAAAAAAGAAUUUGCGCAUUAUAUAGGGACUGAUUACGGUGCUAAUUGUACAAGAGUUAGCACCGUCCUAACCAAGGAUUGUUCCUCACACAACACGUCACGUCAUCAUAAUAGCACAUUGUUCCUUUCUACACAUUUUCUGGUCCUACCCAUGAAAAAACAUAUCUUACUGAAAUCCUCUGAAAAUGCAGAUUCAGUAUACUUCAUUGCCUCCAAGCUGCUGAAAUCUGUAUCACAGGGUGCAUCGACCACAUGCUAUGUGGCUCUGAGCCCUCAAGUGGAAGGGGUGGGAGGGAAGUACUUUGCAGACUGCAAUGAGAGCAACUGCUCAGCUUUGGGGAAUGAUGGAGGUGAAGCCCUCAAGCUCUGGGAACACACCCGUGCAUUCUUCCACAGAAGGCUGCUGCUGCUGCUGCUUCAACCCACCACCACCUCCACGUCCUUCAGCUCCACAAGAUAACAUGGCUUGCUUUGCUUCUGGCCUCUGGGGACUAUAUCUCUUGUAAAUUAUGGGAAAAGGGAUUGGGAUGUAUAUGUAUAAGGGGGCUAUUACAAGGAAUUAGUGAUUGUAUAAAAUGUCCAAAAAUGCAAAGUGAAAGUGGUUGUAUAAUGGUUCGUCAAUCCUUCGAAGUUUGCGGCUAUUACCAUAAAUGGUUCUUGAUUCAAAA